UUAGGUUUUUAAAUAAGUGUAUUGAACUGUCUUCCCAUAGUAAUUUGAAUACAUUCGUGUAUUUUUUAAUUCGUGUAUUGUUUCAAGCCAAAUAAUAAAAUAAUAUGAUAUACAUACUCAUAUUGAGGUUAUGGGUAUAUAUGAAAUAAACAUACGAUGAAUUUAAACUGUACAAUCGAUACUGCUUUGCAUACUUAAAUGUAAAUUAUGAUACUUGAAAUUGUUUGACAAAAAAACGAGAAUGGAAAUUCGAAAUAAUAAGCAUCUGCAUACGCGACAAAUAAUUGGUAUUUUUCCUGUAUUGGAAUUCGACGAUAACGAUGCUCCUUUGAAAAAUCCAAGUAUAUCUUACUUGGAUAUUUUUUUUCUCGGAUCCUCGAUCCUUAUGCAUGUCGUAGAUAUGGCAAUCGAUAUGAGCCUUGCCAUAAGAUACUUAUUGGCCGGAAAAACAACAUAUUUUGCAUGGACAAUUACUUUCAUUUUUCUACCUUCGCUUAUAAAUGUCAUAAUUAGUAGAAAAAUGAUACUCCAAGAUGAGGAGGAAAGUACAACAUCAAAUCGAUCUCAAUACAAAUGUAUACAUGCAAUGUUAACAAAGAAGCUAUUCUGUAUUGUAGUUGUUGCAUUUCAAUUAGCUCCAGUACUUCGUUAUUAUCAAACAUUAAAGUACGCUUUAAAAGCAUAUAAAUUUCAAAAACUGGACGAUCGUAAUGGUCAAAGGCGAUAUUAUCUCAAGAUGUGUAAAGAAGAUCAAGAUGUUGCUUUAUUAAGAGUAUUUGAAUGCUUUCUUGAAGCAGCUCCUCAACAAAUUUUGCAAUUAACUAUAUUACUGAAGAACUACCAUAACAAUCUAAAUUUCGAAUGUACCUAUAUUUUUGUACAUCUAAUUAAUUGUUAUAAUAUCAACUGCAAAGCGAACAUUAUAUUUGUAUUUGUUGUAGUUAUUCAUCAAAUAGCUAGUAUCCUUAGCUCGCUCGGAAGUAUGGGAUGGGUUAUGGCUAGUUACCACCGUAGUAUUAGAUUGGCUCAACAAGAUAAGCUAAAUAUUGGUAUUACAGGAACAAUUCUUCAAUUUUUGUGGCACUUCUGUACAACAGUCUCAAGAAUAUUGUCUUUAAGUGUUAUUGCAAGUGUAUGGCCAAUAUAUACAGCAAUUGGUUGCGUUUGUCAUUGGAUCAGUAUGACUGCUUGGAUUAUUAUAGAUUCUCAUGGAAUACUAGAAUUUUGUAAGAAUUAUAAUCAUGCUCCGCAUUGUCCUCCGAAAGUUAAAGAACGCGUUUAUUCCAUAUUAUUUUCCCUAGUAAUUGGUGUAGUUCAUGUGUUUAUAUAUUUGAAUGCAGUAGAUGGUAGCACGUUCCUUAAACACGUGACUUUUUAUAUAAUCUGUUUUAUUGAAAAUAUAGUAGCAAGUGUACUUUGGAUGUACACUUCAUCGAAUGAAGUCAAAAAUGCUUGGUACUUCAAUGUACUUAUUAUUCUUUGUAUUAUACCAUUUUUAUUAGGUAUAACAGCUAUGAUUGUUUAUUAUAGCGUUUUUCAUCCUUCCUUAAAACAUCAAAAUUCUGAAAAUACAUAAUUUUGACAAAGUCCAUAGUAAAAUAUUUCACUCUCAUUCAGAAAUAUUUUAAAUUAAA